UAGUUCGCAGCGUCAAUUGGCCCAAAUCCUUGUCAAAACUGACUCUUUUAUAUUUUUCUCACCUCCAUUCACAGGGAAAGAUAAAAUAACAGGCACUUUCUAUCGCCUUUUUUUUUUGGGCCGAAAGUUGCCUCCAAUUUCUUGUUAUUCUUUAUUUACAUGAUCUAGAUUCCCAUCGUUUGGAACAGCUGGACUGCAGAAUACGGUCGACACCUCCCUGUUCCAUGGUUGAAUCUAGAGACUAAACGGUUCUUCGCCGUCUAGGUUCCACUGGUUUGUCACCUCCUUGUCUUCCGUAGAAGGGUCGAAUUCAAUGACAAGCUUAGUGUCUUGUGACAGCGCUUGGUGGCGGUUCUGCUAAUACACUUCCUUUAUAUAUAGUGUGCCUAAAACAAGCCUCCCCACCCUUGUUACUUCAUCAUCUUCCUCAUUUUUUUCUCCUGCAUAGAGGCGCAUCCGUUUCUCUCAUUGCUGCUGUACAUAGCUCUUGGAGUUUGUUUUCGGCGUACUUGUUGAUUUACGGGAAGAAGUGCUGCUUGUUUGUUCGGCCCAAAACACGGUAUAACAUUCAAUUGGCCCUGACAAACCGAGGUACCUCCGAGAGUUCUUUCGCCGCAAUCACGCCAAUUCUAUAGCUACCCCUGCGGCGGAUAUUAUAAACAACGAGACCGACAACACGAUAGGACAACACUACAAGCCGUCAAACUGGCGUCCUACCUACACCAUGGAAAGCGAUUCGUUCGCCGUUCCCUGAUAAUGAAGGAGAGCUCCAGAGAUACAAGUCCUAGUCUGUGUUCCUCUACCAGCAGCAGGUCCCUGGGUGAUCACUGCUCACCUACUCGCAUCGUCAACAACACAAUCGCGGGCCCUUCUGAGGUGGAACGUACGUUCGAAGAGCAUGCUAAACAGCUCGCAGAUACCCCUCGGAGAGAGACCUUCUCGCGUUCGGCCUCCUUGAAAUCGUCAGAAAGCAACUCAGUUCCGGUACCAAACUCUGUCCUUCCAUCAUUCCCUCAUGAGCGUAUAGUAGCGUCCGGAAAUGGCAUAGUCGUUUUAAUCGGGCUCGCUGAACCGGUGCUCUACCUCGAACGGGUCGACAAAAGGGUGUCUUCGGACAAGAAGCGUGUGCUUACAGGCUCGUUACAUCUCAAAAUUACAAAGCCUACCAAAAUCAAGAGGAUAAGCCUCGGCUUCAAGGGUAUAGCUAGGACACUAUGGCCCGAAGGUAUGUGAUACGAAUUUGUACCAAAAUCUAAAGUAGAUAUAGAAGUCUGUAUAGCUAAACUGAAUGCAGGUAUCCCCGGGAACAGGAAAAGAACAAGAGAUACAGAGACUGUCAUCAGUCUAAAUUGGGCUUUCUUCGAUGCUCAUUCCCGCGCUGCUAGGAAGGGCUAUGGUGCAAAUCAUAUCAAAUUCACUAACCCGAGGGACAAAGGGUCUGAAAACAGCCCUGUUGUCGACAUAGCCGGUUUGUUGGAAUCAUCUUCAUCACUACCAAAGGAGCUCAAAAGACUUUCGCUACACCACUCGCGGUCGAAUAGCUUUGGAAAGGGUGAGACAAAUUUGAUAUCGGAUAUCAUGGGCCAGAAAGGUUAUAAGGCAUUCCCACCAGGCGAAUAUAUGUACAACUUUGAGAUACCGAUGGAGCAUCGAUAUCCGGAAACUGUUAAAUGGGAUCACGCAUCGGUAAAAUACGAGCUUGAGGCUGUGGUCGAGCGCACUGGCGCCUUUCGCCCGAAUCUUAUUGGCAUCAAGGAAAUACCCCUCAUCCGCACUCCAGGCGAUGACUGUUUGGAGCAUAUUGAACCCAUUGCAAUCAGCAGAACGUGGGAUAACAAGCUACACUACGAUGUCGUUAUAACGGGAAAGUCAUUCCCCUUGGGUUCAAAGAUACCGGUAGCAAUCAAGUUUACACCAUUUGCUAAAGUUGGCUGCCACCGUAUUAGUGUUUUCAUAACGGAGAAGGUUCAACUAUGGGCUCAUAAUAGAAAAGCUCACCGCGUGGCUAGUGAUAAGAUGCUACUCCUCUUUGAGAAAAGAGCUGGUAUGCCCAGCAAAAGCAUCUAUUCGGGAAGCACAAUGCGUCUCUCUGGAGGAGACGAGCAAAUUGCACCCAACGGCGAAGAUCUAGCAAGUGGUGCACAUAAUUUCCUAGGAAACAUCAGUCACGAUGGUUUCAGCCCUGGCACAACAGAGAUAGAGUGCGAGGUACAAUUGCCGAGCUGCCCAGCUAUGAAGAAAAUGACAGACCCCUCAAUGAAACUUCAUUGCGAUGUGCAAUAUUCAAGCAUUGAAAUAUCUCACUCCGUUAAGAUUGUCUUCCGUCUAUCAAAAUGGGAUAAUGGGUCACCUCAAAGAAGGCGCCAGUUCGACAUCUCUAUUGACUCGCCGCUUUGUAUAACGUCUUGCAAAGCGAAUGCUUCAAAUAUUUAUGUGCCUUCCUACAACUCACCGUCAUCCUACUACACAGAUGAAUAUGAGUGCGGCUGCCCGGAUGCCGUGGCCUUGUCGCAUGACGUGAACCUGAACCCUACGCUCUCCUUACCACCUUCAUUUACAGACCAAGGCGUGCCAUCCCCUACAACUACUAGCGAGUCAAAUGAUACUUCUCGAAGCGAUGAACAUCAAGAGGAGCAUAACCACUACAAUGAUCCACCAACCCGGCCCGUCCACUUUUUGCGGGCUCCAUCGUUUAACCCUCCACCAUUCGAGUCUGUUCCCCCUCCACCACCUCCUAUUCUAAGCCCCCCGCCUGAAUAUUCAACCAUCUGUUCCAGCGAAUCAGGGAACAACGAGAUUGCUGACUAUUUUUGCCCUCGCGCAUGCGCGAGAGGGACAAUACGAUGAUAAUGUACGAGGAAGCGGGCGGGUUGAUAUACCGCUGACUCCUGGCGGAAGAGUCCACCGUAGUAUGGAUAUUCCUAGGGAAUGCUUGACCAAUGUUCCACCUUUGCCAGGGCGGAAUGCAUAAAUUUACUUGCAUCUCUUUGUAUUUAUAUUUGUCUAUAUUGACGAUUUUUAUGAGCGAUGAGUUUAAUUGUUCUGUCCCAGGCGUACUGUUGGCUGUUGCUUAAAGGUGAGGAGCUCCAGUACAAGAUACCAGAACCGAUUUAUAUUACAGCGGUGAGCCUAUUUAGACUGUGGCUCUUCGAAAUACUCAUAAUCCGAAAUAAAGCAAGCAAGUAUUACAUGUGGGGUGAUAUGCUGCCAUUGCCACGAAUACAAGUCUGCAAUCUCUCAUGAUUUAUUUGACACGAUAAUCCGGUAGCUAGCAAUAUUAAACUUUUGUCAAGGACUAGUGUAGGUAAGUAAGUAGACUUAGGAGUUGGUUACUCUAGGAGCGUAUGUGUGUCUUCGUUCAGAGUAGGUUUCAAUACUGCUAUGAGGCUCUUUCAAAGUUUAUAACUUAUUUUACCUAAAAGGGUUGUUUUAGGAGUUGCUGAGCGCAUUUCAAGAAAGUUAGCAAAAGAUGAGAUCCUGUUAAACGAAAG